GAUGCAGGGAGCAGAGUUCAUCGGUCACUUCCAGUCCUUUAAUCAGGGUCAGCAUUUCUGCCUGGAGGACUUUGCAGAUCGAUUGAACCUACUGACGGUCUUCCUUUUUCUCAUCUCUAAUGUGAUCAUCUCGACAAAACAGUAUGUCUUCAACUUUAUCUCCUGUUAUACGCCGGUGGAACCUUCUGGUGGACAGUUCAGGGACUACGUCUCCAACUUCUGUUGGGUGCAUGGAACAAUACCCUUUCGACUCAAUGAAUCACUACCAUCCACGGAUGCAGAAUGGGAUCUCUACGACAAGCACAGGCGCAUUAGUCCAGAUAAAUGGUAA